AUGGACGAUCUCCACAGGGCUGCUCUUGACAUAAUGGAGGAAAGCGCCUUCAGCAGAGGAUUUGGGCAGGUGAACCCAAAGAGCUCGUCAGGUGACGCAUACAUGGAUGAGAUCUGGAAAUCUAUUCCAAGAGCCAUCUUCGAUGGCCUCGCAGACAGUUAUAAGUAUGUUUACGUCAAGAGAUUCCUGCGAAGUAUGGGCCUGAAUGUCAAUUUCGACUGGCCCAAGCAGAUGACAACGGUGUGA